AUGUCCCCCAGAUACGGUUCAAGUUGUUACUUACCGUGGGGUAAAUUGGUACACAUAUUAAAAAACAAAAUUAUUUUCGUAUUUUGGUAACCUUAUCAUGCAAGUAAAGAACAUUUUAAAGUUUUAUUAUAAGCAUCUUAAAUGAAAUAUAUACCUUUUCUAUUUAAGAGUAAAAAAAAUGUAUACUUCAUCAGAGUUUGCGCAUACAAAAACAUAUAAUUUAGUCAUUUUGUCACACCUAAACAUGUCGUCUUUAUUAGAGCAAUAAAUGCGAGACCAUUCUAGAUAUAAAGGCGGGAUUCCACCAAGGCAACAUUCUGGCAACAUGUGGCAUGCUACAUUGUCGCAUGGGCUAAGUGUGUUUCCACCAGUUCAACAGAAGGCAACAUGUAGCAUGCGAUUGUGUGGCAUGCGACAGGUGGCAACAUGUUGCCGUGUUGCCUGACGCAUGCGACUAGAUUUAGCCUGUUGCCUAGUGUUGAACGCCUUCCCACCAGUCGCGGGAAGGAUUCCGUGUUGAAAGGCAACACGAUGAAUUGGUCACAAGAAAAAAACAUAGAAUUCAUAGAAGAGUAUAGAAAACUUUCAGUUCUGUGGGAUGUACGCUUGCAAGAGUACAAGAAUAAUCAGGCUAAAUUAGAUGCACUGCGGGGAUUAGCUGAGAAAUACAAUUGUGACGUGGAGAUGCUGAAGAAAAAGAUCAAGAAUUUGCGUACAGCAUUUCGCCGGGAACAUAAACGCCUAACCCAAAAGAAAUCUGGAUCUUCUCCCAUCAAGACAGGCAGGUGGUUUGCUUAUGAACUGCUUUUGUUCCUCCUGGACGUGGACACCCCAAGGCCUCGCUACUCAUCUCAAGCUGAACCUCAGACUGAGCAAUCACCAUGCAUUGAGGAUGAACCUGGAGGGGAUGAUCCUACUGAAACACUGGGAACGUCAUCGACUCUGAAUGCAGAAGCUCCUGAAGCUUCACAGGAAGCUGAGAAAGGCGACAGUAAUGACGAUGGCAAAGAGGCAAGCAACAAAAGAAGAGGACAGAGCUGGAAAAGAAAAACUGUUGAUGAUGAACGAGCUGAAGAGGCAUACCAGAUUUUGAAAGAUAGUGUGAAAAGGGAUGACUGUUCUAUUUAUGCUGAACAUGUUGCAUGUGAAAUUCGCAAACUUGAUCCAAAGGCCCAGGCAAUUGUGAAACACUUAAUUAACAACAUCUUAUUCGAAGCUGCUUUGGGGAAAUACGACAGUGGUGAUCGCUCUCAUCGAUUUGGUUUGCCUCCAGCGUAUCCUUUUCAUACCAGUGCCUCAAUCCGUUCAUCUCCUGGGGCAGACUGUGAACAUCAGCAUUUGCAAACAUGGUUCUUACACCUUAAGAAAUGGACAGAAGGGGAUGAAGAGGAGAAGGAAAUGGAAAGAGGGAGAAGAAAAGGCCAUGCAAAAUUAGUGGUCCAAAGUAGGGGUGAUCACCUACAUUGUGCCCCAGUCUCCGUUUCCUAAGUCCCCCUCAUGACAACAAUGAGCAAGGGAUUAGGGGGGAAAAUUAGUUCGAGCUGAGGACUUAGUAGGGGCGAUCCCCAACAUUUGGACUCGGUACGCAUCACAAAACUAGUGCUGAAUUUUGUCACUAGAGUCGGUAAAAAGGCCUAAAUAACCUCAUCUGACCUCUCCAUUCCCCUUUUUUUUUUUUUAAGCCCUGUGCCAAUGGGCAAUUGUAUGUACAUACCAUGCCCACUGUGAGUUUACUUGUUUAAUUGUACUAAGUCACCAAUGAGCUAGUAACCAGUACUGCCUGUUUAGCCUGUUUACCCUUUUCCUUUAUUUAUGAAAAUAUUUUACGUUAUCUUAUUUUGCUGUUACUAAUAUUUAUAAUAUUAUAGUAAUUAUAAUGUUAUAAUAAAAAUAACACCAUUGAU